AGAGAGAGAGAGAGAGAGAGAGGCGGUACGGUACCUUCUCACGAUCGCUAGCCGUUACACGUUCCCCGGAAAACCACUCUCCGACGAGUAUACCCUUCCAUGGACGACGCCGGAGCUUUCCUCUUUGCCGGGAACCUCGACCCGCGUGCGCAGGAGUUCUUACCCAUGAACCCUAUCACCACCUACCCGACCCGAAUUCCACUCCCGACCCAACUUUACCUUCCGCCUCCUCCUCCUCCUCCGCCGCUUCCGUAUCCGUACGGUUUUCCGGCGAGUCCUCGGGUCGUCACGUUCUUCAACGCCCCCACUCCGCCGCCGUACUUUGGUGUUUCUCCGGCGCCGCAGCUUCCUCGUCCGUCGACGUCGCCGACUCGAGCCUUGGCGCUAAUCUCCGUACCGAGUGACGUCAGCGAGUCGAUGGUGAGGCGUGACCUUGAGGUGUACGGAGACGUGCGGGGCGUGCAGAUGGAGAGAGCGUACGAAGGCAUCGUGACCGUACAUUUCUACGACCUGAGAGACGCCGAGACGGCGCUGCGCGAGAUUUGUGCUCAGCACAUGCACCAACAGCUCAUGCUCGGCGCGUGGAGCUCACCGCCCUCGCCGGUUCCAUCACGUGGGCUCGUACGUGGGAGAGCCGUGUGGGCUCAGUUCGUGGUUCCGGCGACCAGCGUCGUCCCCGGCGGGUUUAACCAGGGCACGUUGGUGAUCUUCAACCUGGACCCUUCGGUUUCUUCUGUGUCUCUCAGACAGAUUUUCCAAGUUUACGGUCCGAUCAGGGAACUGAGAGGGACGCCAUUCAAGCAAAACCAGAGAUUCGUGGAGUUCUAUGAUGUACGUGAUGCGGCUAAGGCCCUUGAGGAUAUGAACGGUAAGGAAAUAAACGGGAAGCAAGUGGGGAUCGAAUUCAGCCGUCCAGGUGGCCGUAGGAACAAAUUCCGUCUACAUCCUCAGCCUCCACCUCCUCUAUUGCACCAACCUGUCUCGGACCGUUCACUGGUUUCCACGAAGGAGAAGAAGAAGAAACCGAUGAUUUUCUCGGGAGAUACAAACCCUAAUGGCUCCAUCGAAGCUUCGGUGCAUUCGCUGUGUAUCGAAAAUAGCCCUCGAGGAACAGUCUCGGGUGCUGGUGAAGGGAAGAAUCGAAUUUCUUGUUCGUGGGCUAAGUGGGGGAAGAGAAGGCAUGUUAAGAGCUUGGAUGCUCAGUUUCUUAUAAGCGAAGAAACCGUUGAGGAUUCGGGUUUUAGAGAUCCACGUACCACUUUGAUGAUCAAGAACAUACCCAACAAGUAUAGUCAAAAGCUGCUCUUGAAUGUGCUGGACGGCCACUGCAUUCGCAUCAACGAACAGGUCGCUGAACCCGGGGAUGAGUCCCGGCCUUUGUCGUCCUAUGAUUUCGUCUAUCUACCGAUGGAUUUCAACAACAAGUGCAAUGUGGGAUAUGGGUUUGUGAACAUGACUACUCCGGAGGCGGCUUGGAGGCUUUACAAGGCGUUUCAUCUUCAACGUUGGGAGGUAUUCAACUCCCGAAAGAUCUGCGAGAUCACGUACGCUAGAGUUCAGGGUUUGGAGGCUCUAAAGGAACAUUUCAAGAGCUCAAAGUUCCCGGGCCAGGCCGAGCUCUACCUCCCCGUGUUCUUCUCGCCUCCUCGAGACGGGAGGAUUCUGACCGAGCCUGUCCCUAUCAAUAUCAUCGGCCGGAACCGUGAUCAAACGGACGGCCAAGAUGAUUCCACAUAUAUCAACCACGACGACAGCCACUUAGAUGCGACCGCGGAGGGAGAGACAACUUGUUAAGAGGUUCCAUGGCUAUAAAAAAGAAUAACAUUGUAAGUAGACAUGGUUUGCUGACUUUUGUCUGAACGUCCUGUUUUUGGUUUUCUGUUCUUGUGAAGAUGAGAUUUCUUAGUUU